AUCGUAACUGAACUAAGACAGGGAAUUUUUACUAGGAUUAAAUGUCAGGAUUUGUGAAAAACUGAGUUUAAAUGUAUUUGGCUAAGGUGUAUGUAAACUUCUGACUUCAACUGUAUGUAUUGGGUAUGCCAUUCCUUGGGCUAGGAGUUUCUCCUGACCACAUGACCUAGGUCCUAGACCAGAGGUAUUCAACUAUUACUCUACGAGGUCCGGAGCCUGCUGGUUUUCUGUUCUACCUGAUUUACUAAUUGCACCCACCUGGUGUCCCAGGUCUAAAUCAGUCCCUGAUUAGAGGGGAACAAUGAAAGAAUGCGGUAGAGCUGGCUUUGAGGUCCAGAGUUGAGUUUGAGGGUCCUAUGCUGUAAGGUUUGAACUAGGGUUUUUUUUCUGCUCAGGUCAUAUGGCCAGUAAAACUCCUGCCCCUAGCGUUCCUGCCCUUUGGCCAGAACUGGAGAUUAAAAUGGAGAAUAGAAGGCAGCGGAGAAAUAGUGUGAGAAUAUGUACUUUUUAUUAUUUUUACUACACGCACAGAGAGACUGAGUCUCUGCAGUAUGUAUGCAUGAGUCAGCGUGUAUGUUUAGGAGAGUGUUCUAAUGUCCUUGGUUUUUAAAAAGAGUUUUACUGGUUCACUUACCACAUGAAGAAUACAAUAGUCCUAAAAUGCACACUGUCUUCCAGUGUCUGUCUGACAAUAGACCAAUUCAUAUCCUCUUCACAACAGAACUGAAGGCUAACGGUAUAACUGAAUCAUUGUAAACUAGAGUGGUAGGGACCAUACAGUGAUGUGUUCUGCUGACUGGAUUCCCAUCUCUGCAAAUGUCUGUAAAUUGACUUGAAAUACUGUAUAUAUGUAAAUCAAUGAUGUACAAUAAUCGCUCUAAUAUUCCUUCAAUAAUCCACUUUCUUCAUGAGUGUAUGUGAUUACAAAGUAAAUUCGUUUUAGAAAUGGCACCAAAGUGUAAAAAAUAAUAAAUAAAAAUAACUACUCACAUGCAAAUGCUUUAACAUAAUGAUGGUAUGAUUGCUAUGAUAUUGUAUGCAUUAAAGGAAAACGCUAUGUUGGAUAUAUUGUAUGUUUAAACACUGGCAAUGCAAGGAGGUCCACAGUCAAAAAUACUUAAGUGUCAGGUUCCCGGAUUUGGCACAUAGCUGAACUUUUAAUGUGGAUUCAGAUAUUUGAUUGGUCCUUAAUGUUUCUCGUAGACCAGGAGCCAAUGCUCUUGCUCUGUGAGGACCAGUGUAUUCUCUGGUCCAUAUAUUUUACCAUCAACUAAUUCCAUCUGGCCUGAGUAAGCUAGCAUGCAGGUGAAUAGACUGAGUUGUCAAUGAGAAGACUGUUAGCAAUCACCAGGGCCUCAUUUACUAAGCAUCUGCACCAGUGCCAUGUUUACACCUGCUCGGUUCAAAAGGGAACGAGUCAUAGAACAAAAGGUCAAGGGACAAGAAAAGUCUGUUUUCUGUUUCUAUCUCAUCUUAUAAUUCCCUCCGAAAAGAGCAAGUGUAAACAUUGCGCUGCUUGGUAAAUCAGGCCUUGGUCUUUGUUUUGGUGAGGUGUGAGUUAUUUGAAACUGGACUGGCCCCUUGAACAUGUGUGCUUCAACGCAGAGCUCUGUAUACUGACAGAGAGUUCAACGCAGAGCUCUGUGUACUGACAGAGAGUUCAAUGCAGAGCUCUGUGUACUGACAGAGAGUUCAAUGCAGAGCUCUGUGUACUGACAGAGAGUUCAAUGCAGAGCUCUGUGUACUGACAGAGAGUUCAACGCAGAGCUCUGUGUACUGACAGAGAGUUCAACGCAGAGCUCUGUGUACUGACAGAGAGUUCAACGCAGAGCUCUGUGUACUGACAGAGAGUUCAACGCAGAGCUCCGUGUACUGACAGAGAGUUCAACGCAGAGCUCUGUGUACUGACAGAGAGUUCAACGCAGAGCUCUGUGUACUGACAGAGAGUUCAACGCAGAGCUCUGUGUACUGACAGAGAGUUCAACGCAGAGCUCUGUGUACUGACAGAGAGUUCAACGCAGAGCUCUGUGUACUGACAGAGAGUUCAACGCAGAGCUCUGUGUACUGACAGAGAGAUGGAAUGAAGAAUAAAAGAUACAGCUGAGCAAUAUAAUUGUGUGUUUUUUUUGUUGUUGUGGAUUUGGUGAGUUUAUGCUGGAAGCCCACUUGCAUUGGCUGCUAUGUGUGUCUGUACUUCCUGAACUCCACCUACCUGAUAAGCUAACUUUACGAGGACAGCGAGAUCAAAUGUUUGUGACAAACUGUCUUUCACGUCUUAAAGUAUGUGGCGAAAAUGAUGAGACUUUGGUUCAGAACCAUUAGUCACCCUGCUGACAUGCCUGUCUUGUCUGUCUCUAGCUUAUAAAUACAUCACAACAUCACUGUCAGUACACAGUGGGCGGGAGAGACAGGAAGAGAGGAAGAUGUCACAGGUGAAGGAAAUAAUGACGCAAAGGAUGGGUAGAGAAGAGAGAGACACACCUUAAAGAAUAAUAGUUGGGGGGAGAGUCAAAGUUAUAGACAACAAAUACUUGGCAUUUGGUGUGGUGUCUACAGUGCAAAAGAAUGGUGAUGGAACAGUUAUUUGUGGCUGUGCUAAUGAUGUCUGCACACCUAGCAGUCUCAUAUCCUCUGAUUACAGAGAGAUAUUACACGGAUGGAGGGAGACAAUGCAGACUGUGUCCACCAGGUCAUUAUCAGAGUUCCUGUUCAGAGUGCUCUCCCUGUCGAGAUGGUUCCUACACAGCACGAUUGAACGCAGAGUCCAGUUGUCAUUCCUGCUUCAAAGACUGCAAACAUGAUUUGCACCUGGUGGAGGAUGAGCCGUGUACUUCUGUAUCGGACGCUAGAUGUCGCUGUGAGGCUGGUUUUACCUGCACCGACAAAGACGACCAGACAGGAAACUGUAGAGACUGUGAGAAGAUCCCUCAGCUGCCCCCACCUCCCCUGCCACCUAGCAAUGUAGUGGGCAUCAGAAUCAACCAGACAGGAACUUCCUCUGAACACAGCAGGACUUCCUCUUUCGCUGGACGCUGUCAACCUCCCAACUGUGACAUUCCACGAUCACCAGUCUCACAACCAGGCAACGCCACUCAUCACACCACAGCUGACACCAGCAAACACUUGGCAGCCAUUUUGUGUCCUAUGGUGGUCAUUGGAAUCCUAGCCGUUAUCAUUCUGUUAUGUAUCCGUCGCCCAGGAAAUGAAGCCUGUUUCAAACAAGCUCUCAAGUUCUGUAACAAGGGAGUAAGAGAAACGUCGCCUAACAAGACCAAAGAGCCACCUCAUCAGCACAAUGCCAGAGAGACACAGCCCAGUAUUAAGCACCAGACAGUGGAUCCACCACCUAUUACAGCAGCAAAUAUAGGCCCGGUCCAUGUCCACAAUGCUGGAACAGUCAUCUUCAGUUUACUCAACCAGUUCACUGGUAUGGGUGGAGGGAUGGAAGAGAGAGUGCAGAAAGAGAGGGAUGAGGAAGGAUGUCCGACCCACCCCACACCCUCCCCUAACAUCCAUCUAUCCCAGGAGGAAAGGGAUGGGGAGAUGGACUGUGUAUUCUUCCCUUCACAGGAACAAGGGAAGGACAGUCACGUUUCCAAAGAGGAGGUGCAUUGAGGGGAGGGGGAUUGAGGACAGAGGACGCACCAAGUGAAAGCUUCCCUUCUAGGAUCAGUUUAGCCAACCAUACAUCCUAAUGUUAAUCAUAAGGAGGAUUAAGACUUACCACUGACCCUGGAUCAGUGGUAAGGGACAACAUCUACCUGGGGCUCUAUUCAGUCUGUAUCACUACAGAUUGCGUGAUAGGAACAGAGGUCAUUUCUGAUUGAGCCAACAUAUGCAGCGUUUAAUGUGAAAGCAGUCGCUUCUGACACAGGAACAUUGCCUUUCCAUUUCUUUCAGGCUGUAAAGCUGCACUUCCGCAAUACAGAUUGAAUAGAGCCCUUUUAUUUAACUAGGCAAGUCAGUUAAGAACAAGUUCUCAUUUUCAAUGACGGCCUAGGAACAGUGGGUUAACUGCCUUGUUCAGGGGCAGAACAACAGAUUUUUACCUUGUCAGCUCCGGGAUUCAACCUUUUGGUUACUAGUCCAAUGCUCUAACCACUAGGCCACCUGCCACUCUUACUCUCAGAACACCAGUGAAUCCCAAAACUCUAGAAUGGUCAUUAUUUCCUGUUCUAGACUUAGAUAGAGCUAGACAUCUCACUAUGGUGGUCAUGUACACAUCCACUUGCUCUCAUUUUAUUCAACUGUAUAAAAAGCUUUGUCUCAACUGCUGCAAACUGUUUUUUUCUGUGUUCAUUUGGCACCUUGAACUGUUUUUUUCUGUGUUCAUUUGGCACCUUGAACUGUUUUUUUCUGUGUUCAUGUGGCACCUUGAACUGUUUUUUCACAAAUUAAAAGCAAAAUACGAAAUA